UAAAUUUAAGUUGUGAUAAUUACAUAAUCAAAAAAAUUCAUGACUGUCAAUUAACAGUUUCAUUUUUAUUCACAGAUUCGAAAUAUAACACUUUAUAUAGUCAUUAGCCAUUAUGUAGUGCCUUAUACAAGAAUUUUUUUUGUUUGCGAAAAUAAUACAAGUACAUACUUAUAAAGAAAUGAAUCAAAACACAUUACAAGUUUUAUCAGAGAACGUAUAUGAUAUAUGAUAUACGUUCUCUGGUUUUAUCACCCUAAUACAAAGUAAAGUAUGUUUUGUUAUAUCGGCAUCCCUGUGAUAAACUGUCACACAUAUGACAAAAGAAAAUAAUCGAAAAACCGGUAUCUUUAUUUUGUGUUGUAUUAAUAAAAAUUUUGUGUAAAUUGCCAAAAAAUAAAUAUUUCAGCAGUAUAAUAUCGUUAUAUAUGCAAAAAUCGCAAUUGUAUGAAUGCAACUGAAGAUAUCGUACAUAUAUAAUAAACUGUAAAAGAGAAAUAAAUAAGAUUGCAAAAAUAUCGAAUUAGUAAAAAUGGCAAUCACUGACACUUUGCAUUACAUUACCAUUGGUAAUCCCGUGAGUAAAGCUGUGAUUUCCAGCACGACAUCAUUAUUUUCCCGCGGAACGACUUCGACCACUAGUGCGCCUUCCGUAAAAGCUUCAACUGAAGUAGUCGCCGCAAAAGUUAUGGGAAGUGCAAUUCCUCCACUAUGGAAAUUGGCAGGACGCAACCACUAUUUCGUGCGUUUAGCAGGUUUAAGCGGGGCCUCAGCCGUUAUACUCGGUGCAAUUGGAAGUCACAAAUUGCAUCCAACACACGAGAAGGAUGAGACGAAAACAAUCUUUGAAACAGCCAACCGCUUCCAUUUCUUUCACUCAUUGGCACUUCUUAGUGUACCGUUGGCUAGAUAUCCUGCUAUCACUGGUGGUCUAUUAUUGGUCGGAACUUUAUUAUUUAGCGGCACUCUUUAUUACCGUGCUUUUACUGGUGACAAACAGUAUGCCCGUUUUGCGCCAUAUGGCGGAUUUUGCUUAAUUGUCGGCUGGCUGACGUUAUUGCUUUAAAUAUUGGAAAACUUAAUGGCAGAAGGAUGAUACCAACAAAUAAGAACGAUUUUGUGUUACAUAAGCAAAUAUGAACUGAAAUUCAACUAAUGUACACAUACGCUUGCAUAUAUAUACAUAAUUUAAUUAUCACAGAAUUAAAUGGUCUUUGUUGUGAAUGAAUGUGAUAUGAUUUGAAGUGUUUGGAUGUUAGUGUAUUCAAUACAUGCAGGCGUAAUCAAAAAUUUCAAUAAAAUUGAUUUUUAAUGGUCAUGUUUAGAUAACAA